AUGGAGCACGCGCAGGUUCUCCUGUUGCUUGUGCUCAUUGCCACAUUUGUGCUUAGCCAAACAACACACAUUAGCAAAAGGCUAGACCUAAUACCACGCGGUAGAAGCUAUGCCACUACCUAUGAACAAUAUGCUGCCUUUCCGAGGCGGCGAAGCUCUGCGACGAACGGUGAAAUGCAGUCUCGAGCUGUGGACACUAGUGCUGAAUUUGAAGUGCUUGAGGGACAGCCACGUGGGAUAACCGUGGGAUUUUUGCCCACUAAACCGACGUUUACGUAUCGCUUUAACGAACCACCACGCGAAUUCACAUUGGACCAAUUUAGUGGCGAAAUUAAGACAAAUAUAGUGCUAGAUCGUGAAGGUAGGAGCGACCACUAUGACUUGGUGGUGCUCUCCUCGCAACCCACCUAUCCCAUAGAGGUGCAUAUCAAAGUGCUCGACAUUAAUGAUAAUUCGCCAGAAUUUCCGGAGCCAAGCAUUGCUGUAUCAUUUUCCGAAAGCGCUGCCCCAGGAACACGACUGCUACUCGAUGCCGCUACAGAUGCUGAUCUUGGGGAAGCGCAAGAAAUUGUAUAUGAGAUUAUUGACGGCAAUUAUGAACACAAGUUUCGUUUGAUUACCACAACGAACCCUAGUGGCGAUACAUCCUAUUUACACUUGGAGACCACAAGCAAUUUAGAUCGCGAAUCUUGUGGGUAUUAUCAACUGAACAUUUCGGCGCGUGAUGGUGGCGUGCCCCCACGCUUCGGGUUUCUGCAAGUAAAUGUAACUAUAUUGGAUCAGAAUGACAAUCCGCCAAUUUUCGAUCAUAGUGAUUACAGUGUAUCUUUGAAUGAAACUGUAAAGCCUGGUACACCUGUUCUUCAAGUGAUGGCAUCAGAUAGUGAUUUAGGCGAUAAUAGUAAACUGACCUACUACUUAGCGGAAAACUCCCAAUUUACCGUUGAUCCAGAAACAGGAGUCAUUUCGACAACGGAAUACCUCAAAUGCCCACAACAAACAAACCCCCUUAGCCAAGACUUUAUUGGCAAGGGCCAAAAAAGCUGCGUAUUUACUGUGUUUGCGCGUGAUCAUGGUUCCCCACGACAAGAUGGUCGGACAUAUGUGACAGUAAAUCUCCUAGAUACAAAUGACCAUGACCCUAUUAUACGCUUCCAAUACUUUCCACCUACAGGCAGUGUAGCCACUGUUGAUGAGAACGCCAUUAAUGGAACUGUAGUUGCUGCCGUAUCCGCCGAUGACUCGGACGAUGGGGUCAACGGCGAAACGACCACUCAAAUAGUUUCUGGUAAUGAGCUUGGUCACUUUCGAUUGGAAAAAACACCUUUGUUCCACAUUGUUCGCGUAAAUGGAGUGCUUGACCGUGAAGAGAUUAGCAAAUACAACUUAACUGUCAUAGUCACUGACAAAGGAACGCCAUCACGUUCGACUACCGCACAUCUGAUCAUACACGUAAACGACCUAAACGAUCAUGAGCCUGUAUUUGAAAAGUCAGAGUAUUCAGCUGUGCUAAGCGAACUGACACCAACAGGCACUUUUGUAGCCUCGAUCACAGCUACAGAUGAAGAUUCGGGUGUUAAUGCUCAGGUUUUCUACGAAAUUAUAUCGGGAAAUGACUUGCAGUGGUUUAACAUUAACGAAGACACCGGUCUUGUUGUAACAUCCGGUCCAUUAGAUCGCGAAGUACAAGGCAGCGUGGAGCUCAGCAUUUCGGCAAGAGAUGGCGGUCCUAAUCCUAAAUAUGCCUAUACGCAGCUGAAGGUUACUAUAUUAGACGAAAAUGACGAAGCUCCGCGCUUUUCCCAGAAUCAGCUAAACAUAAGUCUUAGCGAGGAUGUGGAGCCACUGACGAUUAUUACAAUAUUGACUGCCACUGAUAAUGAUCAGGGCGCAAAUGGAUCGGUAUCUUUUGCAUUAUCCCAAAGCGUUGAACGUAUGUACCCACACCAAUUUGCUAUUGAUGCUAUAACCGGACAAUUAACAACACGCACGUCACUAGACCGCGAAAAAAUACCAUUCUAUGAGAUAUUCGUAAUAGCCCGCGACCAUGGAACACCAGCUCAGCAAUCGGCCACGUCUACCAUACACCUAAGUAUCAUAGAUGUAAACGAUAACAGCCCUGCUUUCUAUCCUAGGCACUACUUUCACAGUCUAAGCGAUACUGCUGAGUUUGACAGGUCUUCAUUUCAAACCGUAUUGCUAAAUGUUACAGCAGUUGAUUCUGACGCUGACGAGGAUAAUUCUCUAAUUAGCUACACUUUGGAAUCAGGCGGUGAGGGCAUAUUUCAAGUUGAUGUUUCUACUGGCACUGUUUACUUUCGCAAUGACUUAAGCCCCAUUUUAAAGCCUUAUUACAAACUGCAAAUAUCGGCUCGUGAUCCUGGCGGGCGACGUAAUGUGCACGAUGCUAUUGUUGAAAUAGUGUUGCAAUCAAAAACAGGUGUACUCGAAUUUGACACUGAUGGCGAUUAUGAAUAUGAAAUUGUUGAAGAUCAUGCUUCCCAUAAAGCACAAUUGGGCCGGGAAGUGGGGCGAGUACAACUGAAGUCGCAACAGCAGCAGCCCUUCGAUUUUAUGCUGGUUGAAUUCGAUAUCAUUCAUGGCGACUCUCAAGAAAUGUUCAGCAUAGACCGUCACAAUGGUCUCAUUACUACCGCAAAGCCUUUAGAUCGAGAAGAACAAGUUCAUUAUCACUUGGUAAUUUUGGCGCGUAAGCGUAGUGACAACAAUGACAACAAUAUGGCUUCCGCGUACGGUAAAUGCAGUGUCCACAUCACAAUUCUUGAUUUGAAUGAUAAUGCACCAAGUUUUGCUCACGAACACGACUUUGACGACGCCACCGCUAUUUGGCUGCCCGAAAAUGCCGCUGUAGGUCAAGAAAUAUACUUGUCCAGAGCACGCGAUCGAGAUGCAGGAAUUAAUAGCCGGAUCAAUUUCAACCUUACUCGUAAUCCUAAUGAACAGUUUCGAAUUAGUACGGCAUCUGGGGUGCUUUAUUUGCAGCAACCAGUGCGCGCAGAGCCUAACACGGUGCUGCAGGUGGAGCUGCAGGCUACUGAUGGUGGCAUGCCCUCACUAUACAGCAAGCUAAGCCUGUUCGUGCACAUUUUUGAUGUUAACGAUCACACACCUGUUUUUGACCAUACUUCAUACGAGACAUCCCUCCUGGAGACAACUAAGGUGAAUACGCGGUUCUUCGCACUGGCCGCCUCUGAUAAUGAUCUGGGUGCAAAUGGACGCAUUUCAUAUGAGAUAACCGAAGGAAACAAAGAGCAUAUGUUUGGAAUUUUUCCUGAUGGAUAUUUAUUUCUGCGGGCACCACUAGAUCGCGAAGAGCGAGAUUAUUACGCGCUUACAAUAAUUUGCCAAGAUGCUGGCACGCCGUCACGUUCUUCUGUGGUUCCAGUUACUAUCCAUAUCCUUGAUUCGAACGAUAAUGCGCCUCGUUUCACAAACAGGACAUUUGUAUAUAGUGUUUCAGAGAAUAUGCCAAUGGGUACUUUUGUUGGGAAGCUAACGGCGGUAGAUCGAGAUAUCGGACACAACGCUGAGCUAAUUUUCGCAUUGCCUAAUGAGUCUCUGGACUUCACCAUAGAUUCGCGAAGCGGCUUUAUCAAAACGUUACGACCCUUCGAUCGAGAAGCUUUAUUGCGCGGACAACGCGGACCAGAAAACAGGGCUGGCAGUGUCGAUGAAGAUAACGGUAACAAUUAUCUGAUGUUAGAGGUCGUCGUCUCGGAUAAUGGAUCACCGCCCCUACAUGAUCAUGCAAACAUAAAAGUAAUUGUGAGCGACGUCAACGAUAAUGCCCCACAGUUUUUGCGUGAACCUUAUCACGUAACUAUUUCAGAAGGCGCGACUGUGGGCACACAUAUUAUGUACCUAUUUACUCAAGAUGAUGAUGAGGGCCUCAACGGAGAUGUUUUCUUUAUGCUAAUAGGAGGUAAUGAGUCGGGCCAGUUCAGCUUGGAUAGCGCAACGGGUCAGCUGACACUGGCGCGAUCAUUGGACCGAGAGUUGAAUCCUUCCCACAAACUCUUAGUAGAAGCACGCGAUGCAGCGGUAAUCCAUCCGCUUAGUUCUAACACGACUGUUUUCAUAAAUGUUUUAGAUGACAAUGAUAAUGCUCCAGAGUUUACCCAGUUUAUUAGUGAAAUAUCUGUAUUGGAAACUACACCCCAAGGUUCAAAGCUGAUGUAUUUUACUGCAAGUGAUAUGGACCAGGGCAUAAACAGCCAAGUAAUUUAUAGUAUUACUGCAGGAAACCGCAAGGACACAUUUCAUAUAGACAGACUAAGCGGAAGUUUAUAUCUUCACAAGCCUCUGGACUAUGAGGAAAAUUCCGUUUAUGCAUUAAACAUAACAGCAUCAGAUUGUGGUGUACCAACACUCUCCACGACGAUCAUCUUUACGAUACAAGUAGUUGAUGAGAACGAUAACGCGCCAGAAUUCACAAACACUGCCAUUGUAAGACAGAUCCAAGAGGGAAUUCCAGUAAAAACGCCAAUAGUUACGGUGAUCGCAGAUGAUCCUGACUCGGGAUUGAACGGUAAAGUCACUUACGCUAUCAGCAGGCAAGAGCCGGAACCACCCGGAGGCCGCCAUUUUGGCAUCAAUACUCAAACCGGAGUCAUACACACACUGCGUGAAAUCGACCGUGAGUCGAUUGAUACCUUUCGACUGACUGUGGUAGCUACGGACCAAGCACAGCCACCAGAUUCACAACUGUCCACAGAAAAGCUUGUCACGGUUAUUGUAGAAGAUAUCAAUGAUAAUCCACCAAUUUUUGUAUCAAUGAAUGCAGCUAUUAUGCCUGCUGAUGGAAAGUUGUUGAGAUAUGGUAGUGGAGCAUAUGUUAUGCAAGUGCAAGCCCGGGAUGCGGAUUCUUCAAGCAACGGUCUGGUUACAUAUGAAAUUGUGAACAGUCAACAGGAUAUUUUUCGCUUACAGCGAAAUACAGGAAUAAUCACAUUAAAUAAUAACGCUGUAAGCAAACCCGAGCUUAGCUACCAAUUAGCUAUAAAAGCCACCGACGAAGCGGUUCAAAGCGAACGCAAGAGCACUGAGACUUACAUAACUAUUAUAACAUUGGGUGGCAAGGAGCCCGAUAUACCGACUUUUGAACAGAACUCACUCUUUGGUUCCGUUUACGAGAACGAACCAAUUGGGACGAGUAUUUUGACGGUAAACGCCCACCUUUAUGAAUACCAGAUUGAGUAUUUUGUGACAAAUGUCACUGCGAUAGGCAAAAAGCCAGAAAGUAAAGCUUCACAAGUAGAUCGCUUAUUCGAUAUUGACACUAAAUUGGGCAUUUUAUCAACUGCGGCUGAACUGGACCGUGAAGCUGGAUUUGAUACUUAUGAGGUAGAAGUUCACGCCAUCGCGGUUGGUGGUCGACCUCGAUCUGCAAAAACUUCGAUUAUUGUAUCUCUGCUGGAUAGGAAUGAUAGCCCACCGACCAUUCUAAAUAUGCCAUUGAUUUAUAAUGUAAGCGAGGAACUCGAUAUUGGAGGUACUAUUGCGACAAUAUCUGCAUAUGAUCCCGAUUCAAUUGGAAAUAUUUCGUACGCCAUUAUGGAUGGACAUGAUGAAAAGUUUGCGUUAGAGCCCAGAACUGGUACGUUUCUUCUCAAGGAUGGAUUAGAUCGUGAAACCAAAAGUAGAUACAAUAUACGCAUAAGAGUCAGCGAUGGAGUUCAAUUUACGCAAGCCCAUAUAAUAAUUGAUGUUACCGACAUCAACGACAAUCCACCUUUAUUUUCGGAUUCAGUUUACUCAUUUGAUAUACCAGAGAAUGCGGAACGCGGUUAUCAGGUCGGGCGAAUUGAGGCCAGCGAUAACGAUUUGGGUGCAAAUGCACAGUUGUCCUACACAGUUAUAUCCGAUUGGGCAAAUGAUGUUUUCAGCUUAAACCCCCAAACAGGGGUAUUUACGUUAACGGCGCUUUUGGACUACGAAGAGGUGCAACAUUACAUAUUAAUAGUUCAAGCUCAGGACAACGGAAUACCUAGUUUGUCAACCACCAUUACGGUGUAUUGCAACGUCCUUGACUUAAAUGACAAUGCCCCCAUAUUCGAUCCGAUGAGCUACUCCAGUGAAAUAUUUGAAAAUGUCCCUAUUGGAAUAACAGUGGUAAAUGUGUCGGCAAAAGAUAUUGAUUCUGGAAACAAUGGCCUCAUUGAAUAUAGCAUAACCGAUGGUGACGAGUCAAACGAUUUUGAAAUUAUGAGCAAUGGGACAAUUCGUACCCGUCGUAAAAUUGAUAGAGAACGUCGAAGCUCUUAUACAUUGACAAUCACCGCUCGGGAUUGUGCUAAUGACGAAGCAGCCUUUAAAGGAUUAGAAGAGGCGCGGUUGAAAUUAAAAUAUCGCAUACCCCGUAAAAUACAGGAACAACCAUCUCAACUCAUGGUUCAUCAAAAACAGCAGCGACUCUCAGCGACGGUACAGGUAACAAUCCUUAUUAAAGAUAUAAAUGAUGAACCGCCAGUAUUUAUUUCUGCGAACGAGACGAAAAUAAUGGAAAAUGUGGCCAUCAAUACAAUUGUCAUGUCUGUUAAAGCUGUAGAUCCUGAUGAGGGGCGCAACGGGUAUAUCGACUAUAUCCUUGUUGAACCUUCUGCCUUACUUACCGAUGUGGAAUCACUGCCCUUUACUCUUAAUCCAACCGAUGGCCUAUUACGCGUCGUUGAUACAUUAGAUCGCGAACUGUGUUCAUCUUAUACCUUGAACAUAUUAGCACGGGAUCGUGGAGAGCCCCCACAAUCUACACAACAGCAGUUGCUAAUAAAAAUCCUCGACGACAAUGACAAUAGUCCAGUGUUCGAUCCAAAGCAAUACUCCGCCUCAGUGGCGGAAAACGCAAGUAUAGGUGCUAUGGUUCUGCAAGUGUCCGCCACGGAUGUAGAUGAAGGCGUUAAUGGACAAGUGCGCUACACAAUAUCGGCUGGUGAUGAAAAUCAUGACUUUAGCAUCAGCGAAGACACAGGCGUCAUUCGUGUUGCAAAAAAUUUGAACUAUGAACGCACUUCGCGCUACAUCCUGACGGUUGAAGCGGCAGAUUGCGCAAUAGAGAAUGAUUAUUUAAGUCUAGCUACCGACCAACGGAUACUGAGCCAUGUCGCACAUGAAGCUCGUAUCGACACUGCAGAGGUGAGCAUUUCAAUCACCGACAUCAAUGACAAUUCGCCGACUUUCUUGAAUUCGCCGUAUAUCGCGUACGUUAUGGAAAAUACUAUACCACCCAAUGGAGGGUAUGUCCUUACUGUCGACGCCUAUGACGCCGACACACCGCCUUUAAACUCACAAGUGCGCUAUUUUCUCAAAGAAGGCGAUGCUGAUUUAUUUCAAAUCAAUGCAUCGACGGGAAACAUAUCAUUACUUAAGCCACUAGAUCGGGAGCUACAGAGUGAAUACAUUCUGACAUUAGUAGCUAUGGACACAGGCUCACCUCCUCUAACUGGUACCGGAAAUGUACGUGUCAAGGUGCAGGACAUAAAUGAUCACAGUCCAACUUUCGAGCGUCAAUCCUAUUAUUCCAGUAUUCAGGAGAAUCUUCCUAUAGGCACGCAUGUGUUGCAACCAAUAGCCACUGACAGAGAUGAUGGUAUAAACGCCAAAAUACGUUUCAGUUUAUUGGGCGAGCACAUGGAAAAGUUUCAAAUUGAUUCCGAGACAUGCGAAAUCACCACAGCUUCCAUACUGGACCGCGAGAAAACUGCCGUGUAUCAUCUUACGCUCAUGGCUCAAGAUAGCUCAGUUAUUGAUCCACGUGCAACGUCUGUAAACCUUACCAUAACCGUAACGGAUAUCAACGAUAAUGCUCCCAAAUUUACCUCAGACCAUUUUGAUGUUGUUGUACCAGAUAAAAUACACGUCGGAGAGUUUGUAUUUAGCGCGAAAGCGUUAGAUUUAGAUGAAGGUCCUAAUGGACAUGUUACGUAUAACAUUAGUGGGGAUGAUUACCAGUACUUUGCCAUAGAUGCUGUGACUGGCGUGCUAAAACUGAAGCUGCAACUUAAGCGGAAUGGGAAUAUCGAUUCCAAUAUUUACAAUAUCAAAAUUCACGCCACAGAUCACGGUGAGGUACCGCUAAAUUCCACAGCUGAGCUGACGGUCGUGCAGCGUCCCACGGAGUUCUUCCCAACAUUUUCAUAUAUUCCUAAUACACAACUUAUAUUGCCGGAGGAUGUGCUACCAACAAGCACGAUUGCGAAAUUGACGGCAAUUUCUCCCAAAAAAGGCGCCGCUGGCACUAUACGAUACGAAAUAUCGGGUGGGAAUAACGUUGGCGACAGUGUACGUGUAGAUGUUAAAAGUGGUGUUUUGACUGUCGGCGAAGACGGCCUAGACUACGAGCUAGCGUCCGAGCUUCAACUUUGGGUUCAAGCUUUUGAUUCCGACACACCAAGCCUUGGCAGCGUUGUCCUACUGACCAUAAAUGUAACCGAUACCAACGAUAAUGCACCGGUUAUGGAAAAACUUAUUUAUGCCGCCGAACUCUUAGAGGAGGAAACGCCACCACAGCAUGUAGUUACAAUUAAGGCGAUUGACAAAGACUCCGGUAAUAAUGGAGAGAUAAGCUUUCGAUUACAAAACGAUUAUGAUGGCACCUUUGAGAUUGAUGCGGACUCAGGUGAAAUUUACACCACUCUCCGCUUAGAUCGUGAGCAGAUGAGCAACUAUGCUCUUAUAGUGGAAGCAGUGGACCAGGGUUUGCCGCAAUUAACAGGCACAGCAAGUGUAUUACUACAAUUACUGGACAAAAACGAUAACCCCCCAAAAUUUUCACGAUUAUUUUCGCUUAAUGUUACUGAAAAUGUAGAAAUCGGAAGUUUUGUUAUAACUGUGACAUCCUCCGAUUUGGACUUGGGCCCAAAUGCUAAUGUUACGUACACAUUCAGUGAAAAUCCUGGCCACAAGUUCAAGAUUGAUCAAAUUAGUGGAAACAUUACUGUAGCCGCACUACUGGAUCGUGAGCUUCAGGACGAGUAUGUAUUGAAAGUGGUAGCUUCAGAUGGGGCUUGGCGCGCGGAAACACCAAUUACUAUAACUAUUCUCGAUCAAAAUGACAAUGCACCUGAAUUUGAGCACAGUUUUUACAGUUAUAAUUUUCCGGAGCUGCAACGUGCAGGAGCCAUUGUGGGCCAAAUUAUAGCAACAGAUCGCGACAAACAGGGACCCAACUCUGUUAUUUCAUAUGCUUUACACCAACCAUCGCAUGUGUUUAGUAUCGAUCCUGCUACUGGUGUACUGUACAGCAAGAAGAAAAUCAAGUAUCAGUAUUCGCAGUACGGUAGUUCACCAGAAAAUAUGUAUGCGCUAACAAUACUUGCCACAGAUAAUGGUAAGCCUCCGCUCAACUCGGAGUGCCUUGUUAAUAUAAACAUAGUUGAUGCCAACAACAAUCCACCUAAGUUCAAGCAACAGUACUACCUUUCACCGUUACCCGAAAAUUCGCGUCCUGGUCAGCUUAUUGUAUGCGUUAGCGCUGUGGACAACCAAGACGUUGGUGUCAAUGCCGAAGUUGACUAUUCCCUUGUCAGUGCCAACUUAAGUGCUUACUUCGUAAUUAGUAAACAAGAUGGCUGUAUAUCGUUAGCUAAGCACCUUGAUGUACCAGAAAAUAUGUAUUUUCUUCUUACAGUGACAGCCACAGAUCGUGGGGUGCCACCUCUGUCAGAUCAGACUAACGUCACUAUUAUUGUGACCGGGGAAAACCGGCACAUGCCUGUAUUUACUGCUCUCAGUUAUCAAGUAAUUGUUCCGGAAAAUGAACCCAUUGGUUCGACCAUACUCACCGUAAGUGCUACAGAUAACGACGAUAAAAAUGGACCCAACGGUAUGCUGCAGUAUUUCAUCUCAAGCGGCAAUGAGCGAAAAGAAUUUGAAGUUGAUGAGCACACAGGAGCUAUAACUUUACUGCAAUCAUUGGACUUUGAUGUCAUACAAGAAUAUCAUUUGAAUAUAACAGCUAAAGACUUGGGCUUUAGGCCAAAAAAAGCAGUGGCUUUACUCACCAUUAUUUUAACUGAUGUCAACGAUAAUCCACCAGAGUUUAGUGAGUCAGAGUACCACUCAUAUAUAGAGGAGAACAAGCCAGAGUCUACAUUUGUCUUCCACGCACACGCAACCGAUAAGGAUUCGCCAAAAAAUGCCAUCAUAUAUUAUAGCCUCAGCAGCGGACCUGAUCGAAACUAUUUUACCAUAAAUGCUACCACUGGUGUCGUUUCAUCCGCAACAAGUUUUGACUAUGAAUCUCGUCGUCGCACUUAUAUGCUGCAAAUAAAGGCAUCAAAUCCCGAUUCAGUUAUGGAAAACUAUGCCACCCUUUUUGUACACGUUACAGGUGUAAAUGAGUACUACCCACAAUUUGUCCAGCCCGUCUUUCAUUUUGACGUAUCGGAAUCUUCAGCUAUCGGCUCUUCAGUUGGAGCGGUGCAAGCCACAGAUAAGGACGCUGGCGAGGAUGGUCAUGUCUAUUAUCUGCUGGUGGGGUCCAGCAACGAUAAAGGCUUUAGCAUUAACACGCAUACGGGAGUUCUUUUCGUUUCCCGCCAAUUAGAUCGAGAAAUGCAAAGUCGUGUUGUAUUAACAGUCAUGGCUAAAAAUUACGGAAGCAUACGUGGUAAUGACACAGAUGAGGCUCAGAUAAUUAUCUCUAUUCAGGACGGCAAUGACCCACCAGAAUUUAUAAAGCACUAUUACACUGCUAAAAUAUCUGAAGAUGCACCUAUUGGCACGAGAGUAACCAAAGUGAAGGCAGUUGACAAGGACACACGCCCGCAAAAUAGUCAGUUUAGCUAUUCCAUAAUUGAUGGUAAUCCAAUGCACAGCUUUAAGAUAGACUCACAGACAGGCGAAAUUCAAACCAAUCGCCGUUUAGACCGUGAGGAUAUAUCGCAUUACAAUUUGAUUAUAGGUGCCAUCGAUACCGGAUUGCCUAAACAAACUGGAAGCACCACAGUGCGCAUAGAUCUGGAGGAUGUUAACGACAAUGGACCUACCUUUGCUGCAGGAGGCUUAUUAGGAUACGUAAUGGAGAAUGAGCUGCCGGGCACACUUAUUAUGACGUUAUCGGCUAGCGAUCCAGAUUUGGCCCCAAAUGGUGGACCGUUUAUUUACAAAUUGGUGGGCGGCAAGCAUAAGUCUUGGUUGAAUAUCAACGAACAAACGGGGGUGGUUAAAUCAACUGUUACCUUUGACCGUGAGGUGACACAAACAUUGGAAGCCAUUAUUGAGGUGGAGGACAAUGGAAAACCACCCCAACGAACGCAGCAUACACUGACUAUUAAUAUAUUGGACCAGAAUGAUAAUCCUUCUACGCCACGAACAGUUCAGGUGGCUGUAAGCGUUUUCAACGGAGAGCUACCUCCAAAUACAAAAGUCGCCGAUGUGCAUCCUAACGAUAUUGAUACGGCUGCCACGUAUCGCUGCCACAUCCAGGAAAGCAUCGGAAAUGAUCAUUUAACUAUACCAAAUGGUUGUGAUUUAUACACCACCGCCCAAACUAUAAGUACGGCAACUUAUAUAUACAAUAUCCAAGGUAACGACGGCAAGCAUAGUGAUGUCAGUUCCAAGGUAACCGUAAAUUUUUACGCUUUUGAUAACAAUACUCUGGCAAACACAGUGGUACUGCUGGUGAAAAAUGUGACGGCGCAGCAGUUUCUUACCCAGUUUCAUCGAUCAAUCAUAGAGUUGAUAAAUUUGCGUUAUGGAUCCGAUAGCAAGUUAUCCAUUUACGGUCUGAUCGAUAUUACCUCGAACGGUACUGGAGUUGAGGUACUACUUGCUAUACGAAUGGCUAAUGGAACUUAUCAUCACCCACGCUUCAUAAUUGGUUACCUGGAAGAAAAGCAUUCUGCUCUCGUUAGAUUGAUGCAAACGGAAGUGAUUGUUGGUUACGAACCGUGCUCCGUUUCGAAUGUUUGUACUAAUGGAGGCGUAUGUAGCUCCUCUAUACGGGUUUUUGACUUGCAAAGGCUUAGUAUCGUCGACAGUCCUUCUUUUGUGUUAAGUAAUCCACAGCUUGCUCAUGACUACAGUUGCCAGUGCGCCGUUGGAUUUGCCGGAGAGCAGUGCACCAGGCGCCAAGACCCUUGUAACCCAAAUCCUUGUCUGGCACAAGCGAAAUGCCAUCGUAUUGGUUAUGACUAUCAGUGUAUAUGUCCGAACAAUCUGGAAGGCAAGCAGUGCCAACGGGAACGCGGCGACAUCUGCUUGACCAAGCCUUGCCGCAACGGUGGUAGCUGCCAAAUCAGUUCAGACGGAAAAUCCUUUAUUUGCCUCUGCCGUCCUGGCUAUCGUGGAAGUCUCUGUGAGAGUAUUUCCGACUCCUGUCGCCCAAAUCCAUGCUUUCAUGGCGGCCAGUGCGUUAGCUUAAAACCAGGGUUUAAAUGCACUUGUACGGCGAAUCGCUAUGGACGCCAUUGCGAACGGUUUAGCUACGGUUUUGAACCUCUGUCGUACAUGACAUUCCCCGCUUUGGAUCCAACCACCAACGACAUUUCAAUUGUGUUUGCGACAAGCAAGCCUAACGCACUACUGCUAUAUAAUUACGGUAUUCAAAACGGUGGGCGCUCUGACUUCUUAGCCAUUGAAUUGGUGCGCGGGCAAGCAUACUUCUCUUCAGGUGGUAUACGGACAUCCAUUACCACAGUUGCCGUCAGCAACAAUGUAACUGACGGUAAUUGGCAUAAAGUUACCGCUACACGUAAUGGACGAGUGAUGUCGCUUAGCGUUGCCCAUUGUACGGACUCCGGUGAUGUGUGCGCUGAGUGCAAUCCUGGCGAUGGGACCUGUUUCGCAGAUGUGGUAGGACCCGUUGGAACGUUGAACUUCAAUAAACAGCCCCUAUUAAUUGGCGGCCUUGCAUCAGUGGAUACAGUUUUGCAGCGCCAUGGUCAAAUACACAGCGACGACUUUGUUGGGUGUAUUCACAGCAUCUCUAUAAAUGGGCGUAACUUAAAUCUUAGCACACCACUGCAGCAGCACAGAGUUGUACCUGGUUGUCAUCGCCAGAAGGGUCUGUGUGAGUCAUCGAUCGCUGCCGAACGGUGUGGCAGAUACGCCGUGGGUCAGUGCAGCGAUCGCUGGUCUACCUUAUUAUGUCAAUGCGGAGGAUAUUUGCAUUCGCCUGACUGUGGGGAUUCGCUACAGCCAAUUACACUCACCGAUGGAGCAUAUAUUGAAUUCAAUAUAUCCGAGCAACAUCGCCGCAUACAAUUGCUGCACAAUUUAUACGAAGGCGACGGAGCCGUAUUAUCACAUAGCUUUCGAAAGCGCCGUUACACUCCUGCCAACAAUAUAAGCACCAGUUUUCAAAUUGACGAAUUACCAAAAAUGAUGGGCCUUCUUUUUCGCACCUACAAGACAGAGGGGUUAAUCCUGUAUGCGGCGACCAAUCAAAUGUUUACAUCGCUGUCUCUACAUGGAGGAAAGCUUGUGUACUAUUCCAAGCAAGAGUUAAUUGUUAACAUGACCUUACAAACGGCGAUUAACCUAUACGAUGGGAAGUGGCACAAUGUUAGCUUGCUUGCGGAAAGCCAUACACUUCGCUUAUAUAUCGAUGGGCUCCAAGUUGGCGAUGAUCUCGACUUUUCUGGAGUACAUGACUUUUUCGAUCCAUAUCUUACCAUGCUAACCAUAGGAGGUGUUCCUAAGGAUAUCUUGCAGGUGGAUACUUUUGUAGGAUGUAUCGCCAACUUUAGUAUCAACAGUGAUGUGCAGCCCCUAAAUGGUUUUGGUAAUAUAUUCCCCGAAAUAACACACCAUGGAAAUGUAGAGACGGGAUGCAGAAGCGAUGUCGGCAUUGAUGCCGCGCAGAUUGCCGACCCACUGAGCAUUGGUAUUACACUGGUCAUUGUGUUUUUCGUGAUAUUAGUAGUAGCCAUCUUUGGCUCGUAUAUCAUUUAUCGAUUCCGGGGCAAGCAGGAAAAAAUUGGGAGCCUUAGCUGUGGCGUGCCAGGAUUCAAGAUAAACCAUAGUGGAGGUGUGCUUAGCAGCUCGGCCAAUGUUUCACAGAGCCCAUCGGACCAUGGACUAACGCGCGGCAUACACCCGAAUGAGACUGAUGGAACCGAACUUGUACGCCAGCCAGCACACCAACUGGUGGGGCCAGAGUUGAUCACAAAAAAAUUUAAAGACCGGAGCGAGUUACCUUUAGCUGCGGAAAACUCACAAUCUCAGCAUCGUCCACAGCGUCCAGAUAUCAUCGAACGUGAAGUGGUCAAUAAAAACCCUCCAAUAAGAGAAGAACACCAUUUAUCCUUAGCGGCACCAUCCACUCAAGUGCUGCAUCCACUAGAGCAUGUCAACUUAGACCUUAGCUCCGACUAUCCAGAGCAUUACGAUUUGGAGAACGCCAGCUCUAUUGCUCCGUCUGACAUUGACAUCGUAUACCACUACAAGGGUUACAGAGCCAGAGGAGAAGCGGGCGGUAUACGGAAAUACAAAACUACCUCAUCCCCGGUAACUGCAUAUAUGCAUCAUAAACAUCAGCGCCCUGCGGGUCAGCAGCAACAUAGGCACUCACCGCGUCACGUCGUUAAUGCGCCGUUUGUAUCUCGCGUUCCAACUCAAGGCGGGCAACCGCCACCUCCCCCGGGAAGUGCCUCGCGGACCCACCAAAGCACACCGCUUGCGCGUCUUUCACCUAGUUCCGAGCUUAGCUCUCAACAGCCACGCAUACUUACGUUACAUGACAUAUCGGGUAAGCCACUGCAGAGCGCUCUUUUGGCUACCACCUCCAGCUCUGGCGGUAAAGACGCGCUUCACAGCAAUAGCGAGCGCAGUCUCAAUAGCCCCGUAAUGUCCCAACUCUCUGGUCAGAGUUCUAGUGCUAGUCACCAGAAAUCUGUUGCGGCGCAACAGCCCCCACCAUCACAAACAACAAUGGGUUUAACAGCAGAAGAAAUAGAGCGGCUCAAUACGCGACCCCGCACAUCCAGCUUGGUUUCAACGCUGGAUGCCGUAUCCUUAAGCAGCGAAGCACCACGUGUGUCGAAUGGAGCUCUUCAUUUAUCCUUGGGGAGCGGCCUACACAGUACUGAUGUGGACGCACACAGCUCUAGCUCCACUGAUGAGAGUGGAAAUGAUAGCUUUACUUGCUCUGAGAUUGAAUACGAUAACAACAGCUUAAGUGGAGACGGUAAGUACUCCACAAGCAAGAGCAUCCUGGAUGGUUGCAGCCCAGCAGGACGUGCUAUGCCGAACGAUCCGGCACGCAACUCCAAUGUUGGGAAAACACCACCCGCACCACCACACUCCUAUGAUGGAUUUGAUUCGUCGUUUCGAGGCUCUCUAAGCACCCUCGUAGCCAGUGAUGACGAGUUGGCAAAUCAUUUGAACGGCAUAUACCGCAAGGCCAAUGUGGCAGCUUCACCGCCAGAAACCAAUUUGGGGUGGGAAUAUUUUAUUAAUUGGGGGCCUAGUUAUGAAAAUUUAAUGGGUGUUUUUAAAGAUAUAACAGAGCUUUCUGAAACAGCUAGCCAGCAGCAGCAACAAACACCAUCUACAAUUCGACCACCUAACGCGCAAAAAACACCAGAAGAAUAUGUGUGAAAAAGUUGCUGGUAUAUUUAAUUCUACUUUAGUGUUAACCGCGCCAUUUAAUUAAUCAAUUUACUGUAAAAACUUAGCAUAUAUGCUUGACAUAUUUAUAUAAAUUUUCCAAUUGGUUACUACGUCACAAUACUCUACUUUUACCGCCUUGUAUCAAGGCUGUGCAUUCUUUAUUGUUAUCAUUAUACUGUGAAACCUCUAUCUAAAAACCUGUUUACUAAAUACCUUUAA